AACCAGAUCCCAGAACCCCAGCCUAGAAUCCAGAACCAGAUCCAGCCUAGAACCAGAUCCCAGAACCCCAGAACCCAGAAGCAGAACCCCUGCCUAGAGCCAGAUCCCAGAACCAGACCCUGCGCCCAGCCCCAGCCCAGCCUCCAGCCCCCC